AUUGUGACAAAAAUAAAUUAAUAUUUAAUAAUAAUAUUCUAUGAAUAAUGAAGUCAAUGAUGUUAAAAAUUCAAGAACUCAAAAAUGAAAUUUUAGAAUUGAAUGAACAGUCAAUAAAAGAUACAAAACAAAUUGAACAACUUAAUUUCGAGAUAAACCAGUCAAAAUCGAUUAAAAAUGAAGUGAAUUAUUCUAUAAACGAUUUUACUCGAAGACAUGUAAAUUUACACUUUGAAUUAAAAAAUAUUCACGAAUCUUAUCAUAAAUUACCUGAACGAACAAUGCAGGAACAUAUUAAUUGUAAGGUGUUUAAACGAAAGGAAGAACUUUUACAAGAAAAACGAAAUAUUGAAUCACAACUGGGUAACAUUAAAUGUAUACGAGAAGAAAAAUUAAAAGGAUUAAACUCACAAACAAUGAUUCAACAAAAACAAAAAAAGGCUCCUAUUUCAAAUUUCGCGGAGUUUUAUUUAUAACACUGAUGCCAACCUUCUGGGGUAAAAGUUUAAAAAUUAUCUGCAUUUUUUAUUUAAAAAAACAAAUACAAAUUAAUCAGAGGACA